GUAACGUCUGUGUUCAAUUACUAAGUACGGUAUAGCUACUUUUAUUUAGGUAUAUAUAGUUGAUGACAGCAACCGUGAGACAAACUCAAAAAUAAUAUUAAAAUUUCAAGAUAAACACCAGUGAUGGUAAUUUAGUAGUUAUACAAUGAUAAUUUAUUAUGAUUUAAACUAGAUUUAAUUAAAAAAUACCGUAUUAUUGUUUUUUUUUUGAAAAAAAAACUUUUAAUAUUCAUGUAUUGAGCUGUAUGUAUACAGCCAAUAGUAGUAUUUUUCAUCGGCACAUUUUCGGCAAUAAAAGUAGCGGCCAACCGAGAAAAUCCCAGUAUCCCGGUGAGCCUAUCCGCGCCUGCAGUAGAUAAAUAGUUAGACUUAACAUAAAUGCUUGAAAAUUGAUAGGUGGUUCAUUAUGAGUCUUACAUUGUGGUAUGAAAAAAAAAAAAAUUAGUUUAAUGUAGUAUUUAUUUUUUUAUUUUUUAGUUUUAAAAUCAAAUUUGUACGAAAAUUGUAAAUAUUAUGGCAUUUCAAAAUAUAUGUAACCAAACUUUGCUCCGAAUCAUUUUUCGUUAUCAAUGGUUUAUUGUUCGUUACAGGUAUAAAUUAAAUAAGUUUAUGUAGCCCACCUACAAUAGAGGCUGCACCCGUCCCCAAUAUUAGCUUUUUUUAUAUUUAUGUAUUUAUGUACCUAUAAUUCAAAAAAUGUAAACUAUCAACAUAUGUUUAAACAUCUGGAUAUAUCUAACAUAAAUGUAUAUUCCCUAUUACCUAAAUAUACGAGUAUUAGUGUCGCAUGUAUUAAAAAAUUGAUCUGUUUAAACAGUACCUAUAAUAUAAUUUUGGUGUAAAGUGAAUGAAUUUAAUAAUUUAUAUAGUUAAAAGUAGAUAUUUACUAAAAUAUUUUAUUAUGAAAUAAAUUUGAUUGUAUUUCUUUAAAUUAAAUUUUUAAUAUUUGUGUUGUGAAAAAUAUCUGAAUAAAACACUAUAAUGCAUUCAUACAACAUUAUUAUUCGUAAAAAUCGUAAAAUGUUAUUGUAUAGUGCACUUAUAUUUUUGUUGACCAUAAUAAUUGCAUUAUAUUUGUUUGAUAUUCGAAAAAAAGUAUGACAUACCUAUCAUUAUAAUAUUUUGGGCUAGGACAGGGGUGUCUAACCUUUUGUGAAGAGUGGGCCACAUCAUGUAAGUAAAAGUUGUUGUGGGCCACAUACUUUUUAAUAAUAAUAAAUCUUAUUUAUAAUUUUUAGUAUAGUGAAUAAUGAAUAGAAAUACGUAGACGAAUUAUUACAUACUAUUUAUAAUUACAAGAAAAAAUAUACAUUAAUUUAUGAUUACAAGAAAAAAAUUUUAAAAUAAUUUAAUUGUUAUUUUAGUUACAUUAGUUUCUUUAUCGAAUUCCAAUAAAGAUAACAUUUUCAUAUAAUAGUUUAUACUACUAAAUAAUAUUAAAAGUUUUAAUUUUUAUACAUUUUGUUAUUUUAUAUUAUUAAAAUACAUUUUUUUUCAUAAUAUUAUAUAUAAUUAAUUGAUGAUUUGAAAAUUGAAAUUGAAGUUAAGGCCAUAUUAAAAUCUACGGUGGACUGCAUGCAGCUCUGUGGGCCGUGGGUUGGACACCCCUGGGCUAGAAUUUUAAAUUAUUGAACUAAUUUCUAAAGAUAAUUUAAAUGUAUGAUAUGCGAGAUUAGUAUUUUAAUAUUUUUACAAUUUAGAUUCUGAGUAAAGCUUAUUCAUUAAUUUUUUGUUUGUAUCUGUGUGCAACUUUGCUAUCAGAAAUCUUGCUCCGAUUUAUAAUUAUUUUAGAUGACUUUUUUUGAAAGGAAAUCUAACUGGGGAGGUACUUAAGGAGGCCAUUUUUUAAUUUUCUUAGGAGUUUUCUAAAUAUAUUGGAAAAUCCGGAAAAAACCGGGAGAAUGAGAAAAUAGGUACUAUAUUAACAAUUAUUUUUAAAGAAAAUGUUUAAUGCAUAUUUUAUCAUUUUACCAAAAUAUUAUGAGAUACCUGUAUAUUGUUGACAAAGCAAUUCUAUCAUCAGCAAUGGUUUUUUGUUGCUAACUGGUAUACAUUAAAUAUUCCCGUCUGUAUCUUACUUUCCCAAUUUUCCACCUACAACAGUAGUUUCACCUACGUGCUAAGUAUAUCCGUCUUUUUAUAAUUGAUUGUGAUAUUUUCAAAGUUAAAAAUACUUUGCACCUAUUUGAUUUUGACAUAUCCUCAAUAAUUAUUGUUCUAAAAUAUAUUCUAAUUCCCUUUUUCUGUUCGAGUUUUAUGCCAUAAAAUUAUAUUAAUUGAAAAUUUUGUUAAUAUUUUCCCAGUAUCUCUUAGUAACUGACACCAAUAAUGGUAAGUAUUUAAAAAAUUAUUUUAAUAAUAAUUGUAAAAAAAAUUUAAUAUUUUCUAAUUUAAAUGCAGCUUUAUUUUUUGAAAGUAAAAGAUUGGUAUGGUUGGAACAAUUACCAAUUGGCGAUAGAAUUAAAAAUCAAUUAGAUUAUAUACCAAAAGGCUACAAUUAUGAGAAGACACCUGUUAAAACGAUUUUAAUUUAUACCGGAAUGGGUGCCUCUUGGGAAAGACCAUUACUUGGCCAAGGCCUUUUUUUCGGUUGUCCUGUAAGUCAAUGCAUGUUGACAAUUAACAAUUCAUUAGCCCCGCAAGUUGAUGCUGUGCUAUUCAGACAUGUUUACGUCCCUCCGUCUUAUAAAAGACCACGAAAUCAGGUAUUUAUAUUUAUUUACAUAACUAUAAUAAUUGAAAUUAUUUAUAUAAUUUGUAUGGUUAAAUUAAUCAUAAAUUUAAAUUAUGUUUCUUAAAAUUUAUAAGUGCAGUAAAUGACGAUAUUUUUGUAUACUUAGUUACUUAGAUUUACACAACAUUAAUUGUUGUAGAGCAAUUUAAGGAGUAUCCUGUGGUGGUAACAACAUUGGUUUUAUUAAAUAAGAACCUAUAUGUUAUGAUGCAAAUUAUGAAAAUUUGGCUUAUUUAAAUCGAAAUUUGUCUGAGUUAUUCCGCUUUAAAUACUAAAGAUAAUAACAUUUUACCGGGAUUAAAUAAGAAAAAUGAAUUAAUGGAGAAAUAGGUUUUCUCAUCCCUUUCUGUUUGACUACUCCCGAAUUGUACACAAAGUUAAUAAAUUCAUAGACCUAUGAUAUAUAUAACAGUCACUAUUGACAUUCCGAAUUAUAAGAAUUUAGUAGUAGUUUAAAGUUUAUUUAUUACAAUAGCUGUUAGUUUAAUAUUUUAGAUUGUACAAAUUGUUGACUGAUUUAUAUUGUAUUAUUUUAUUUAAGUUAUAGAUUAUAAUACUGUGCUUUUUUUUUUUAAGCAUAUGUAUACUGCAGAUUUAAGAACGAUGAUGUAGUCAAAAUUAAGUGGACUGACUAAGCUUCGAAAUUAUAACUUUUUGACGUUCUGAUAUUCUGCGGAUAUUAUAUGUUAUGUUAAAUAACUCUAUAAUACGUAUAUGUUUUAAGGCAUAUUUGUCGUAAUCUAAUGGUUAUACAUACUAUUAUCGUCAUAGGGGUCCCGUGUUCGAAUCGGGUUUCAAAAAAAAUUGUUUGAAUCUUUUUUCUCUUUUACCUAAACAAGGAAAAAUUUUGUGUGUAUCUAGACACCCAAUCCAUCGCUCACUCGAAUUUUUUUAAUUGCAAAAUAACCCACAAUCUGUUGUGCAAACUUUUCUACCAGAAAUCUUUCUUCGAUGUAUCAAGUGUAGUUUAUUUGCUGAAAGGAAAUUUUAUCUCCAUGAUAAUUUAGGGAGGUGAUUUUUUUAUUUUUCAAGCGGUUUUUAUAAUAUCUGAGAAAAACUUGGAUAAAAUGUCGGAAAACCGGAAAAUGUACGACAUGUAGGUAGGUAUUAGUAAAAAAAAUUAUGGCAUUUUUUUCUGUGUACAACUUUAGUACCAGCAAUUUCACUCAGAUUUAAAAUAAUAGCACUUUUUCUAAAAGGAUUUCUGACUGAGAAGGUACUUCAAGGAGGUCAUUUUUUGACUUUCUUAAGAAUUUUCCCAGAAAAUGUAAAAAAUCGUGAAAACUAUUUGAUCCCCGAGAAAAACGCAGGAAAAACGAGAAAAAUGGGAAAAUCGGUAAAAUUUUAAAAAAAAUAUUAUUAAAGAAAAUAUAUAAUGAUUAUUUAAUUAUUUUAUCAUUACUUCACAUAUAUAUCGUUGACAAAGUAUCGUUAUCGACUGAACUCCGUUCAAAAUUGUAAUUUCGUAAGCAAUAGUUUAUCGUUGCUUACAGGUAUACUUUAAAUUACUUAUAAUAGUGGCUGCACCCGAACCAAUUAUCUUAGGAUAUCUUUUUUUUGUUAUUUUAAUUUUCAAGCUAGAUAUAACCAUUUUUUGGAUGCGUUUUUUUAGAUUUGGAUUAUUGAACAUACUGAACCACCCUUUUUGACAGUGCCUAUAAAUGAUAACGGUGUUUUUAAUUGGACUGCUAACUAUCGUUGGGAUAGUGACAUACCGCGACCUUAUGGGUAUUUUAAAAAAUAUGAACCUGAACAACCAGUGCCAAGUAUUGUCAAAAAUUAUGCAGAAGGUAAAACUAAACUAGUUGCUUGGUUCGUGUCAAAUUGUCAACCCUUUAAUAAACGCAACGAAUAUGCUGCUGAACUUUCAAAACAUAUUACCGUGGAUAUAUAUGGUAGAUGUGGUACUCUUACAUGUUCAAUAAAUGAUACAAGGAAAUGUUUAAACAUGUUGAAUAAGAAUUAUAAAUUUUACUUAGCUUUUGAAAACUCGAAUUGUAAAUAUUAUAUAACGGAAAAAUUGUUCACAACUUCACUUGGGUAAGUUUAAAUUAUUAAUAUAAUAUACUUUCAUACCUAUUUAGAAUAAAUAAACAUUAUAAUAUUGUUAUUACUUAAAGAUAUUAUAAUUAAUUAUUAUUUUAGAUUUUGAGCAUGUGUCAGCAUGUUUUUAGUUUUAUAUCAAUGUGUAAUAUCUGUGUGUAUCGAUAUAUUUUUAAGUAAAUUAAUAGCUUCAUUAAUGUCAUAUGGUUUAUCUGUUUUCUAUCAAAUUAUAUUAAAAUAUUAAACUGAAACAUUUUUAAUUUGAAGGAAUCAAUUUAGGUUUUGAACGUUUAGUUUUAACAGCUCAGUUUGGUUUAAUGCAAACAAUUUUUUUUUAUAAACUUGGGUAUUGUAUGUUGGUCCAAUAGCUCACAGUAUAAUAUAAUCGUUUAAAGGUAUAUUACUUAUAUCAUGUAUUUCUUCCAUUCGUGUGUAUGUCAUUAAACUCUUCUUAAACCGCUGGACCGAUUUUGAUGAAAUUUUUUAUGUGUGUUUGAGUGGGUCUCUGGAUGGUUUGGAUUCAAAAUUGGACCUGAUAGGUUGCGUUGCAAAGGUGUCUGAUCCAGGGUUAUUGGUAUUUCUAGUAUAGCGACAAAAUUAUUUUUGUUGAUUUAUGGGUUACCUUGGUGAUACAAAUUCAAAUUGAAAAACAAAAAAAUAGUAAGUUGUUGUAAGUUGUAAGUUGUAAGUUGUAAGUUGUAAGUUGUUAUAAAAUUGAAGUGUCUAUCUAAUAUAAAAUGAAUUAAUAAAGAUCCACCAGAGGGUGUUACGAGAGUGAUACAGUACGCGCUUUAUAGAGUAUGACCCACACUUGAAGUCAAAGCAAAUCUGUCACUAUGUUUCAGUAAUAGCAAAUCACCAUGUAUCUUAUAUAUAAAAUUCUCGUGUCUCGUUUAUGGUCGCCCUCCAAACGGUAUGACCGAUUUUGACGAAUUUUUUGUUUGUUUAUUUGGUAGGUAUGAGAAUAGGUCGUAAAUUAUUUUUAACCCUCCCAACCCCAUCCGCCAUUUUUUAAUCGUGAUUUUAGUAUUUUAAUUCGAUAUUUAGGUAUUAUUAAAUCAUUUAUUUUUAUGGAUUACCUUAGUUACACGGAAAAAAAUGUAAAAGUUUGGUCAAAAUGUAUUUGUGGUAAUUAAUAUAGAUAAAUAUAAUUCUAUAGACCACAUUGUUUUAUGCAAUAAAAUGCAAUAUUAUAAACUGUCUUCACGUAAUUUCAUCAAUAAGACAGUAAGUACAACAAUUUUGUCUAUUUGUGUAUGUGUUACAAUAAACAAUGACAGCAAGACGCAAGGAGGCCCAUUUGGGCCGUCGAAUGAAUAAAACAACACACAUGCGAAAUAGUAGAGCAGAAGAAAGAACAGACAAUUAAAUCCAAUAAGAUAACGGAAAUGUGCAUAUGAGCAUGUCGUAAUUACGUGUAUCUUGAUCACAAGAUGCACGAGCCGAACGCAAUGAACAACGACGUUUGGAGCAAAGGCAAGCGCGCCGUUUCUUAGAAAACACACGCAGUGCAAAUGACCGAUAACGCCGACAUCGAACAUUUAUAUCUGAUUCGUUCCUUCGUCUGGUAUUCAAGUAUGAGCCAGAUAUUGAAUAUUACGCUCAUUCGAAAGUGACGAUUGGUGCUAUAGACCAGGAAAGUCCCCAUUGUCAUGCGCUUAAAUUCAAAAAUGAGCCAGCCGGGAUAUGUUACGCGCCACUAAAAGUGCAACUACCAGUAAUAGAAACACCACCAGAACCGUUGAACGGCUUGCUCAUCGGCACAAAUCCAAAUUCAAACUUAUUCCUGAAGUCCAUUCGCACAUUCAAUUCAUGCUUUCAAAUGACAUCGUUUGGAGUAAUACAAAUAGUCAAAAAUAAUGCGCCAAAUGGUCGACAAUUCAAUUCAACAUUUAAAAUCAAAGGUCAAGGGUAUCACAAAGUGGGCUUAAUGUUGCCAAUGGCGGAUAAACCACGUACAUUUUUACACAUUUAUUUCAUGGGCGGAGAGGACAAAGAAAGCGCAAUUAUAAAUCGCUUAGAUGCAUGUUGCGGAUACUAUAAUCUCAAUUCACAUAGUGCCAGGCGCAUCAUUGGCGAGUUGGACGAACUAUUGAAUGAGUACAAUGUAUUAUUGAGAUUCUUCAAAUCACACAUGCAUGAAUUACAAACUGACAACCACGCUAUUGUUAUCAAUCCCGACAAAAAACCAGCUUAAGAGCACGUGCGUAGAUUCAAUGCAUCUGUUGUUGACGACGUUGCUGGAAUCAUGGUUGGCGACCGUACAGCUGCGCGAGAAAUCGCGAUUCGAAGAAGAAAUAAUAAUCUUGAGUUCAUUACAAACACACAUCGUUCAUACGACACUUUCCAAUAUCCGCUAAUUUUCUUGGAGGGGUUUAACGGAUAUUGCAUAAACAUUAAACAACGAGAUCCCGUAACAAGUACUUCAUUCAUUAUGAACAUUAUUACUCAUAUUACUAUACAUAUGCACACGGACUAUUAUACCGAUAAUAUACGGAAGUACAAUUCUGCCUUUCAUGAAGAAAUGUUAUAGUAGAAAACUAUUAGUUUAUCUAAUACUAUUCCAUCUAUUUGUUUUUAUUUGUUAUUAUUCAUUACUGACAUGGUCAAAACCAAAAAGAGUUAUGGGUCAAAAAUGACACGGGUAACGCUGGGUGGGACACUUAGUAAUAUAUAAAAGCGAAAAUGGAAAUCGUUGUUACUGGUUGGUUUCGAAACUACUCAUCCAAUUGGCAUGUAGUUUGUUUUUAAAUGAAAAAGUAUUUUGUGGAGAAGCUAUUAAGUUAUUAAAAAUAUCAAUCGGACCAGUUCAAGAAGUAGACCUGACCUGCAGUAGUUAGGGCUGGAUAAAAAAAUAAUAACUUAUCGGGUAUUUAUCAAUGUUGAGCAACCAUAUAACCAAUUUAUAUGAGUUUGAAAAUGAAAAUGAAAGUAUGUAUUUUUUAAAAACUAACUACAGUGAUAGUGAUGAGGAUAGAGCCAGAAAAUCCAGGGGAAAUCAUUUUUAUUACACAUUUAUUUGGGCGGGACAACUAGUAUUAAUAUAUUUUAGGUUCUUAGUGGAACGAAGAAACGUAUGGUUUUUCAAAGAUGUUUAUUUUUAGAUUCUAAGUUGAACGAAGAAAAUUAUGAUUUUACAAAGAUAUUUAUUUUUUUUUUUUUGAUAUAUAUAUGUGUGCAACUUUUUUACCAAAAGACUUGCUCGGAUUUCUACGUGUUGCACCUUUUCUGAAAGUAAAUCGGAGUGGGAGAUACUUUAGGAGGUCAUUUUUUGAUUUUCUAACAAGUUUUUUUAUCAAAUUUAAAAAAUCAAAAAAAAAACGGAGGAAAAACGGGAAAAUGUAAGAAAUGUAGGUAUUAGUUCAAAUAUAUUACGGCCUUCUUUUUUCCUGUGAACAACUUUUUUACCAGAAAUUUUUCUGAAAGGAAAUUUGACUGGAAAGAUACUCCAAGGAGGUAAUUUUUUGAUUCUCAUAGGACUUUUUUCAGCAAAUAUAAAGGUUCAGAAAAAAAUAUGGGAAAAACGGGAAAAUUAGUAUAUUAAACAAAUAUUAUUAAAGAAAAUAUUAAAAACCUAUUUAAUUAUUUAACUACAAUAUGAUAUACAUAUUGUUGACAAAGCAUUACUGUAUCAACUGAACUCCGUUCAGAAUCGUUUUUUUCGUAAGCAAUGGUUUAUCGUUGCUCACAGGUAUAGAUUUAAUUACCUAUAACAGAGGCUGAAUCUAUCCCCAUUAUCCUAGGAUGUCUUUUUUUGUUGAUUCUGAGCUUAAUGAAGGAUCAAUUGAUUAUACUGUGGUAUUACCUGUCUCUAAUCAUCUUUUCGACCAAAGUAUAUAAUAUAUCAUAAAUGUAUUUGUUGCAUUUUGGAUUGUUUUCAAAGCAGUUUUCAUAAUAAUUGAGAAAAACCGGAAACUAAAUUUACAAAAUUAUAAUAACUGAUAAAUAUUUAUGACAUCCCGUCGCGUUAACGAUUUCAACACUUAAUUUUUACGCUUUUUGUUUUCCACCAGAAAUCUCGCUCUUAUAAAAAAAAAAAAAAAACCAAGAGAUAAUUUUUGUUUGAUUUUGGAUCUAGUUGCUAGGAAGUAAGUUUUUUUUUUAUUUACCAUGCAAUUGUAAUCAUGAUUGAAAAAUUACCCUGAGAAAAACGUAGGUGGAACGGAAAAGUUUACCGAAAUUAUAUGAUUUAAUUAUUUUAAAUUUGGCCUUUUUUUUGUAACUUAGUUAAAAAUAUACGUAGAGGCUUGAUAUUCUGACAAAAUAUGUAUGUUUGCCUUUUCUAGACAUCAGAAAGCUGUUAAAAGAUUUUGGAAAUUUUUAUAAUAUUUAUAGUCGUUUUAUAUUUGUGUGUUUUUUUUAUAGAUUUUAUUUAGCAAGUACCUGCUAAAUAACCGCAUUUCAAAAUUAGUUUAAUCGAACUUUGUUCAGGAUUGUUUUUAGCAAUGGUUUAUCAUUUCUUACAAAUAUAAAUUGAAUUACCUUAUGUAUCUUACAUUUCCAACUUUCAGCCAAUAACAGUGCUACAGUAUCAGGAGUAUUAGCUCUUUUCGAUUCAUCCAUUGACACUCACGUAGCGAGUGAAGGUGUUCAUUGGGUAUUCAAUCCCUCUUCCCUCUUCUGACACAAUUAAGGCUUCUAAUCAAAAAAUCUGACUAUUGGUAAUCGGUGAUAAAAUCUAUUUUUGGACCCUCUUCCGAAACAAAAGUCCUUGUUACGUGCCUGUAAAUUGAAUCAUAUUACAAACGAUUAAUUUUUAAACAUUUUUAAUUAUUUACAGUCGUAAUUUGUUGCCAAUUGUCAUGGGCGCAUCUCGGAUGGAAUAUGAAUUAGUUGCGCCUAACCAUUCGUUCAUACACGUUGAUGAUUUUAAAUCUGCAGAAGAUUUAGCUAUGUAUUUACACAAAUUGGACAAAAAUGAUGAGUUAUACAAUGAAUAUUUUAAAUGGAAAGAUACCGGUACAAUCGUUAUAUAUAACAAAUUGUAUUGUCGGAUUUGUGCAAUGCUUCACGAUAAAGAUCAUCCACCAAAGCACUAUACCAAUCUCUCGAAAUGGUGGAGUGGUCCUGAUGUUUGUCAUCCAUAAAAACAGUAUAAUUUGAACUGUGGACUAUUUCAUAUUAUUUUAGAUACAAUUAUGGAUUUAAUUUUUGUAUUUAUACUCGUAAUUGUAUUUUACUGAUCAUCAAAGUUAGGUUAGGUUAGGUUAGGUUAGGUUUUACUUAGUUAUAGCUACACAAACAAAAUUUGUUAUUAAUUAUUAUAUUUUCAUUUGUUUGGUAGAAUAUAGAAAUAUUUGAAAUUAUAAAGAAAUAUAC